CCAAUCAGGCGAAGGCGCGCAACUGAACGUUACUUUUUGAACGCAAGCUAUAAAUAUAAGCUCGCUCAAUCAGCAGGCAGCAGUUUGAGGUAAAGACGCUUGUCAAUAACACUUUUUUUCCCCGUUAACGGACGAUUUGACUUACUUGUGAACACUUCUUUGAGCUUGUCGGAACAAUGUCUGCGAAGGAAAUUCACUACUCUGACAAAUACAACGACGACGCCUUCGAGUACAGGCAUGUUGUGUUACCGAAGCAGCUGUCCAAACUGGUGCCCGCCUCGCAUCUCAUGACCGAAGAAGAGUGGCGAGGCCUCGGCGUCCAGCAGAGCGAAGGAUGGAUCCACUACAUGAUCCACAAACCCGAGCCUCACAUUUUGCUCUUCAGAAGGCCACUCCCCAAGAACUCACGUGCAACAUAGACCAGCUACCGUUUUGUUUUUUUCUCCAUCUGUAGCACUAUGUAUGUAUGUAAUGUUAAGUUGUAUAUUUUGAGCACAUUUUUAUUUUGUUUUUAUUGAUGGUGUUAUGUAUCACUUAGUGGUAUUUUAUUUUUUUUCCCAAAAAUGUAUCUGUUAAGUCAUCCAGGACUGUAAAUAUUUUCUCUUGUGUUUCCAGCUUCCAAAUUUGCUUGUUGUGAGAUGA